UAGCUAGCUUUGUACAGGCAGACCAUGUGUUUCUCUCCUCCUGGUUGGCUGCACCAAUCCUUUUGUGCGCCGCUGGUUGUGCCCGUUGCCUAGACGAUUGCUUGCUCUCGCUGAGGAUGUCUGGCUCGCGUAGAGAAUUUGACAUGAAGCAGCUUUUAAAGCUCAGAUGGAGGUGGUUUGGGCAGCAGCAGCAGCAGCAGCGGCUCCCUCCUCAUCCUAACGUCGGUCGCGAAGGAGACUUCUGGGACGGAAGAUACCCCGCAGCUGCCGGUGGGAGAAAGUUUCUAAAUGCGAACAGCCUGCCUCCCUCUCUGGCAUCUCUCGGUUCCCAGAGGUCCAAGCCACAGGGUUUGCCCGAUCCCUUUUCUCGGCCAAUGGCAUCCACAUCGGAAGUGCCCACCUUGGAGUUCACCAGGGAGAACAUCCAGAAUCCACAUCUGCUAGAGGUUCCAGAUGCUGAGGAUGGAGCCGUUGAAGAAGAAAAAGUACCAACCCUCGUUCCAUGCAGAACUUCCCAUAGCGGAGAGACUUGCCUGCCGUGUCGUCCGAUGGAGCCUUGCACGUCUGAUGAAUUUUUUCAAGCACUCAACCAUGCAGAGCAAACCUUUAAAAAAAUGGAAAACUACCUGAGGCACAAGCAACUGUGCGAUGUGGUAUUGGUGGCAGGCGAUCGACGGAUUCCAGCACACAGGUUGGUGCUGUCCUCUGUCUCGGAUUAUUUUGCAGCCAUGUUUACCAACGAUGUCCGAGAGGCCAGACAAGAAGAAAUCAAAAUGGAAGGUGUGGAACCCAAUGCGUUAUGGGCGUUGGUGCAGUACGCGUAUACAGGUCGUCUCGAAUUAAAAGAAGAUAACAUCGAAUGCCUGCUGUCCACAGCUUGUAUUCUUCAGCUGUCUCAGGUUGUAGAAGCUUGCUGCAAGUUUUUAAUGAAGCAGCUUCACCCUUCAAAUUGCCUUGGAAUCCGCUCUUUCGCCGAUGCACAGGGUUGCACGGAUUUGCACAAAGUGGCCCACAAUUACACCAUGGAGCACUUCAUGGAAGUCAUUAGAAACCAAGAAUUCCUCCUGUUACCGUCCACUGAAAUUGCAAAGCUGUUAGCUAGUGAUGAUAUGAACAUUCCCAGCGAAGAGACUAUUCUUAAUGCGUUGCUCACUUGGGUGCAACACGAUUCGGAACAACGGAAGAAAGAUCUCAGUAACCUCUUAGCGUACAUCAGACUCCCUUUACUGGCACCACAGUUUCUAGCCGACAUGGAAAACAAUGUACUCUUCAGAGAUGACAUUGAAUGUCAAAAACUCAUCAUGGAAGCGAUGAAGUACCAUUUGUUGCCAGAGAGAAGGCCCAUGUUGCAAAGCCCUCGCACAAAGCCUAGAAAAUCUACUGUGGGCGUCCUGUUUGCGGUGGGAGGCAUGGAUGCUACUAAAGGAGCGACCAGCAUUGAGAAAUACGAUCUCCGAACCAAUAUGUGGACUCCUGUUGCAAAUAUGAACGGGAGAAGGUUACAAUUUGGAGUCGCCGUGUUAGACGAUAAAUUGUACGUCGUCGGAGGUAGAGACGGACUAAAAACACUGAAUACUGUGGAGUGUUAUAACCCCAAGACGAAAACAUGGAGCGUGAUGCCACCCAUGUCAACUCACAGGCAUGGGCUUGGAGUAGCAGUAUUGGAAGGUCCGAUGUACGCUGUGGGAGGACACGAUGGUUGGAGCUACCUGAACACAGUCGAAAGGUGGGAUCCACAGGCCCGUCAGUGGAACUUCGUGGCCAGUAUGUCAACUCCAAGGAGUACAGUGGGUGUAGCAGUACUAAGUGGAAAGCUCUACGCGAUAGGCGGCCGAGAUGGAAGUUCUUGCUUGAAGUCCGUAGAAUGCUUUGACCCGCACACGAACAAGUGGACACCCUGCGCUCAAAUGUCUAAACGAAGGGGGGGCGUGGGAGUAACAACCUGGAAUGGCUUCCUGUAUGCUAUCGGGGGUCACGAUGCACCAGCUUCUAACUUGACAUCAAGGCUGUCCGAUUGUGUAGAAAGAUACGAUCCCAAAACAGAUGUGUGGACUGCUGUGGCAUCCAUGAGCAUCAGCAGGGACGCGGUGGGAGUCUGCCUUCUUGGAGAUAAACUCUAUGCUGUGGGAGGAUAUGACGGACAAGCCUACCUUAAUACAGUCGAAUCGUACGAUCCUCAGAUAAAUGAGUGGACACAGGUUGCACCAUUGUGCCUCGGAAGAGCUGGAGCUUGUGUCGUGACUGUCAAACUUUAGUCGCGAAACCAUUUGCCUCUCCCGUAGACUCUUUGGUGAUUUCACAUCAAAUUCUUAAAAGCGUAAACGCGUCAGGUACUGUGUAUCUCCGCAAGGCAAAGAGACUGACCUUAAAUCUAUUUGUAUAAAGGAUUUUUUUUUAAAACGACCAAUAUUGUGCACUUUUAAAAGAAAACAACUCACGAGUAAUGCAGUUUAUGUACACAUCUGUAUGUCUUGGUAAUGGAAAUACAUUACGGAUAAGAUAGCAUGUUUGAAGUACAGAAACCAGGAGGGGGAAAAAAAAGACACUCCUUUUGAUUGUUCUGGAGGCAGGAAAGGAAAUUUUAUUUAUAAUUGUUUGGCCUCUAGCCACAGCUUUGCAAUUUCCUUUAUGUCCUUUUGCAAGAUGCUUACAGUAGUGGCCAAAAUUGUGCAAACCUUUUGGGAAAAUGAGUGAGAAUGAGCCGAGGUGGUGCAGUGGUUAGAGUGCAGUACUGCAGCUACUUCAGCUGACUGCUAGUUCAGCAGAUCAACGGAUCAAAUCUCACCGGCUCAAGAUUGACUCAAGCCUUCCAUCCUUCCGAGGUGGGUAAAAUGAGGAUCCAGAUUGUUAGGGGGCAAUAUGCUAUUUAGCAUACUGUCUUUGGUGUAAGCCACCCAGAGUCCUCGGAGAGUGGGCGGCAUAGAAAUACGAAUAAUAAAUAAAAAUAAAAGUGUAUUUUCUAAAACUAGCUAAUAACACCACUUUUUUUGGAGUAGUAUCAGUGGUGGGAUUCAAUUUUUUUUACUACCGGUUCGGUGGGCGUGGCUUGGUGGGCGUGGCGUGGUUUGGUGGGUGUGGCAGGAGAAAGGAUACUGCAAAAUCCCCCAUUUCCACUCCACUCCAGGGGAAGGAUAUGGCAAAAUCUCCAUUCCCACCCCACUCCAGGGGAAGGAUACUGCAAAAUCUCCAUUCCUACCCCACUCCAGGGGAAGGAAACUGCAAAAUCUCCAUUCCCACCCCACUCCAGGGGAAGGAUACUGCAAAAUCUCCAUUCCCACCCCACUCCAGCGGAAGGAUACUGCAAAAUCUCCAUUCCCACCCCACUCUAGGGGAAGGAUACUGCAAAAUCUCCAUUCCCACCCCACUCUAGGGGAAGGAUACUGCAAAAUCUCCAUUCCCAUCCCACUCCAGGAGGAAGGAUACUGCAAAAUCUCCAUUCCCACCCCACUCCAGGGGAAGGAUACUGCAAAAUCUCCAUUUCCGUUCCCACUUCAGGGGAAGGAUACUGUAAAAACUCCAUUCCUUCCCCGCCCCACUAAUCUGCUUUCCAGUUCUGUUCUCCUGUGCAGGGCAACAAAAGAAGACCCAGCCAAUCAGCUGAGACUCGAUCAGCUGGGACUCAGGAGGCAGCCAAUAGAUCGGGGGUGGGGCCAGUCAGAGGUGGUAUUUGCCGGUUUUCCGAACUACUCAAAAUUUCCACUACCAAUUCGCCAGAACCGGUGAAAAUUGGCUGAAUACUACCAUAAAAUUAUAUAUCAAUGGAAAGAUAAUUUAAUCAGGAAUAUAAUGCAAUAACUUUUAUGAAGGAUUUGCUAUUAGAAUACCAGUUACAGUAUAAAGAAGAAAAGUGAAACACGUAGAAAAAACGAGAUAUAGUAAAAUGAUCCUCAUGUCAGUUAAUACUUAGUUGGGGUAAACUUUAGCAUGAAUUGCGGCCUUGCAGCGUCUUCCCAUGGAGUGAACCAAGUCUUUGAGUUCUGCAGCUUUUAUAAUAUGAAACCAAGAUUGAAGGAUCUUCUAUUAACUGGGUUUUAUUGCUGGGUCGCUUCUGACUAACAAGUUUCUCUAGUCGGCUCCAUAGAUUUUCAAUUGGGUGAAGGUCUGGGCUAUUCCCAGGCCAUUCCAGCAGUGGAAUAGGAUUCUCUUGAAACUCCCCCCAAAAAAGUGGUGUUAUUAGCCAUCAAACCUCAAAAAUACACUUUUCCCAAAAGGUUUUGACAAGUUUGGCCACUACUGUAUAGUCUUGGUUUGUUCCAAAUGCUUUUUUUAUUGUUUGCUUCUUCUUCUUCUUCUUCUUUUGAACAUGGCACAACAAACCAAAUGUGAAGGAAAUACCAAGUGUACUUCUGAUUUGAGAAAUGCUGUACCUCUGAUGCCUAUGUUGGUAGUUCCUGGCUUACGACCAUCAUUGAGCCCAAGACCUCUGUUGCUAAGCGAGACGUUUGUUCAGUGAGUUACGCCCCAUUUGACGACUCUUCUUGCCGCAGUUGUGAAGUGGGUAACACGGUCUUUAAGGCAAUUGACCUUCCUUGAACCAGUUGCCCAGCGUCUAAAUUUUGAUCACAUGACCGUGGGGAAUGCCGCAAUCGUCAUAAGUGUGAAAAAUGGCCAUAGGUCCAUUUUUCAGCGCCGUUUGUAACUUUCAACGGUCAUUAAAUGAACUGUUUUAAGUCAAUGACAACCUGUAAUUUUUUUCAGAGAUAUUUUGUACUCUUUUUCUCUUUAAACCGAAGCCUUAUUUUAAUUCUUGUCUUACACUCGGAAAUAGGUUAGCGGAGUAUCUUUUUCAAGAGCUUUCCAUCACUGAGUGAGUGUCUUGUUAGGAAGUUUUACGUAGGCUAGAAAUAAUCCUGCAAAUCUUUCCGAACUGGGAUUGUAUUGUCACUUUAUGGAUCAUUUCUUCAAAGAAGUUGCAGUAAAAGAACAGUUAAUGAGGUUGAUUAAAAGUGACUCAGAUUAUUAUUAUUAUUCCAAAACAUUCCAUGAUUGUGGCUAACUUUCCCCAGGUUUUAUAUAGGCAUCGACAGAGUGUUAUUCUAACAAAAAAAAUAAUAAUCGCCUUUGGCACAUUUUCGGAUCUUCAGUUGCAUUCCAAAUCAAAGAUUGAUCGAUUUCCCUAAGAUCAAAUUUCUGUAGCUCAGUUAUUUCAUAGUGUAGCGAUUCCUCUGUGGAAUUUUCUUAAGGUUUAUAUGUUACAUGAUUAGGAAAUAUUUGGAUGUUCCAACCUGCUCUUCGCUUUUUAUAUUUUCUUUUGUGCCUUGUUUAAAAUGCUACAAGGUCCUCGACUUAACGACCACAGUUGAGCCUGUUGCUAAGCAAGAUUGUUAAAUGACUUCUGGUCCAUUUUACCACAUUUUUUGCCACAGUCAUUAUGCACUCCCAUGCAUAAGUGAAUCUGUCUUCCCCAUUUACUUUUCUUCCUCCGUUUGACCCUGGGACGUGUAAAAUGCAUUCCAGUUGCCAGGCCCUCAAAUUUUGGGGAUGUUGCAACUGCCAUAAAUGUGAAAACUGAACAUGAGUUACUUUUUUUUCCCCGAAUUUAAAUUUUUUAUUGGUUUUACCACAACAACACAACACAACACAACAUACAAAACACAAACACAUGAUACAUGUUUCUUUUUUCAUAUCAGUUUCGUUCCUCUUACUUUCUACUAUAUACAUUCCCCAUUUUUCCAUCCUUUAUUAUCAUUAUUUUUAUCGUCCCUUUAUUUUUAAUUUUCUUCAUUUACAAUAUUUUGCACAUUUGUCACCUUCUUCUCUCCAUCGUUUAUUCACAUUUACUUUCCCUGAUCUCGAGCCAAUCAUACCAUUUAGUCCAUACUUGAUAAUAUUCUGUAUCUUCCUUUUCUUUUAUUUCUUUCGUUAAUUUAUCCAUCUCCGCACAGUCCAGGAUUUUCUUAAUUAUUUCUUCCUCUGUUGGGAUCUUUUCACUUUUCCAGGACUGUGCGUAGACUAUCCUUGCCGCUGUAAUUAUAUGCAGAAUCAAAUAUCCAAUUUCUUUACUGUAAGUUCUGUUCAAUAUCCCCAGUAAAAACGGUUUUUUUGAA